AUGCUAAUUCAACCAGUUUGCCUGUAUCAUGAGUGGGCCAGCUUUAAUGUCAAGAGUCUGGUCUGUAAGGCAGCUGGGCCGACGGAACUCAAAGUGACGACCAGCUUUCGUGUCCACUUCACUCAACGUCUACUCAUGUUGGCGUCAAAAAGAAAUGGUGAAGAACGGAAUAGGCCCUUAGAACCCGUUAAACAGGUUGAAGCUGCCAAUAAGGGACCAAAUUAA